GGUUUCUUCAUUACCAUACAAUGGUGACGUCAUCAUUUGUGCUGUUGGCAGAAUAGUAGUUUAAACAGAAUACUCCCAGACAACACAGCAGCAGCCAGUUGUAGUUCCAUCAUGGCCGAGGAUAUGUUUUCCCUCAUGAGUCUCGAAGACGAACUGAGCUGUAGCAUCUGCCUCUGUGCUUUCGACUGCCCGGUGACAAUUCCAUGUGGACACAACUUUUGCCAAGAGUGUCUCUUAGAAACCUGGAAAGACAACUACAGCUGUCCACAAUGCCGGACCCACUUCACCACCAAACCAGAGCUGAAGAAGAACACCGUCCUCAGCACUGUUGUGGAAACGUUCAAAAUGAAGUCUAAUAAAAGCGACCUCCCCAAUGAGAUGGGCGACUUAUCCAAAUGGGAUGCGGUCAAGAUGGAGCCCAAAGAGGUGGUUAUCUUGUGUGACACCUGUAUGGAAGCCAAAGCAUUCAAGACCUGCCUCACCUGUAUGGCGUCGUUCUGCGUUGAGCAUGUGAGGCCUCAUCAGGAGAACCCAGUGUUUGGUGCGCAUCAGCUGAACGAGCCUCUGGGCGACCUGCGCGAGCGUAUCUGCUCCGACCACCACAAGCUGAUGGAGUUCUACUGUGUCCAACAUGGCCGCUGUAUCUGUGGUGUCUGUCUGCAGCAGGUGCAUAAAGGCUGUACCUUCUCCACCCCUGACGAGCAACGGUCACUGCAAGAGGUACGUUUACAAGAAAUGUCAAUACACCCCAUCUACUGUCAGGCAUACAGUAGUGUUGUGCCAGCCCAGUGCCCCCAAGUAGUGAAUUGCAACCUCUGCUUAGAGGUCUGGACCUUUUUAUAAGGGAAGGGGAUACCAAAGAUUUGUAUAACUAACACAAGAUAGACCAGAGCCUGUCGUUUCAAUGGGAGCAAAUUAAUCAUAGUGGGAAAAACAAUCAAGGAGGUGGGCAGACCCAAGCAUGAGCUAGUGAGAUCCUAUUGGCUCGUUGUAGCAUUUAUUUGCAUAUUUCCAUUAGGGAACGCCUACUCUGAAGUGUGUGUGUACAAUAACUCAGUUCACAUUUCCUUCUAAACAACACCGUUUUUAGAAACUUUGACAAAAGUUAGUCUACAAAACCCAGUCCACUCUGUUAUAGAUUCUAGUUUUUGAAACUGAAUGUUGGCCAAAAUCUACCACUGCCGGCCCCUGGGCAUCCUCUAAUCACCUUAUUUGGUAGUGAGUGGAAACUCUAACCGGAUGCUUCACAUGUAAUCGAAGUCCACGUCAUCAGUGCCCAGGGAGCAGUUGUUGUUAGGGGUAAACUGCCUUGCUCAAGGGCAGAACGGCAGAUUUUUCAACCUUGCCAGCUCAGGGAUUCAAACCACCUUUCGGUUAUUGGCACAACGCUCUUAACAGCUAGGCUACAGGCGUAAAGGUCACUGGUUCAAGCCUCAGUACUGACUGUUUACCCUAUUUUGCUACAGAAGUGAUCACUGUAAUCCUAAAAGAAAACAAGUUAAACCAUCUUAAGAGUUAGAAAUGUUUAUUUAUUUGGUUGAAAAUAAUAUUCAUUCAUAUCUCAUUCAGUCUGAUUUGAGGGGCAAGUUGAGUCUGCUGGAUGGAAAGAUUGACAAGAACCAGACGGUCAUCUCUCAGAUGAGGGAGCAGCAGAGCAAGUUGAAGGUGAGCUAUCACUUUUUAAACAAAGGACUCUAGAAAAAUGUAUUAAAAACAACUGCUGUAUUCACUAAGAAGUAAUCAAUAUAUAAAGCAGUUUUGAAAGCUUUGAGCAUCUGGAACAACUAAAUAUUGAACACCCACAGUAAGAGCUGUGUGAGAUGCUAUGAGAGAUCCAUUUGAGAACUCCACGUAUACUUUGUGUCCAUCUCCUUCAGGACUCUGCAACCAGCAGGAAGAGAGCCCUGGAGGACGAGUACCGCCAGAUCCGGGAGCUGCUGGACCGUGACGAGCGUGAGGCUCUGAAUACGGUGGACCGCGAGCAGGAGAGCGGUCAGACCAAACUCCAGAACCUCAUAAAGAAGUUCAACCAGAACAUUGAGAAGCUUAGCGCAGCAAAAGACGGCGUCAAUAGCCUGCUCAGUCAGACUCAGACCCUGGCGUUCCUACAGGUGAGCGCAGUGUAGCAGAGGUGGUUUCAGUGAACUGCUCUCACUCAGGUGAUGAGAAACCUUGCCUGAAAGCGGAAGACUUGCGUCAGCUCUCGGCCUUAGCUCAGUGGGCUAACACAGUCUUGAAAUUACGAUAUUGACUAUAAUGUAUCUUAUUGUUGGUUUUUACAUUUUACUUUGGGACAGGCCUCAGUUGACAUGCCGUCAGUGGUGGCCUUUGACCCCUAUACCCCGACGGUCAACCUGGACUCUAAGGCCGUGGCAGGCUGGCAUGCCUACUCUGCAGUCCUGAGGGAGCAUCUCACACAUGUACUGAAACAGCCUGUAGAGGCCAGACUGCAGAUACUCAAACCAGGUGUGUGUUUGUGUGUGUAUACAAGUGUAUGAAACAUGCUUAUGGGCAGCAUUUUUAUGAUGCCUUGUGAUAUUUAAUUUAAUUCCAGAACUUUGCAUGGACAUGUUUGACAAUGGUGAGUUUUAUAUUGGAGAGCAAUAAGGGAUCAAACAAUGAGUCCAAUUAGUCAAUAAUUCACAAUACAACAUCAUAUCCCUCAAAUUGGUUACCAAUCUGGUGGUGUGAGGUGUUUGCUUUCCAGAUUCCAAGCAUUAUACUUAGGAGAAUACCUAACUGAAAUAGUCACCACUAGCCGGCCUCCGCCCAGUACCCUGCCCUGAACUUUAGUCACUGUUACUAGCCGGCUACCACCCAGUACUCAACCCUGCACCUUGGAGACUGCUGCAUUAUUUACAUAGUCAUUGAACACUAGUCACUUUAAUCAUGUUUACAUACUGUUUUACCCACUUCAUAUGUGUAUAUACUGUAUUCUAGUCAAGGCCUAUCCUAUUUAACUACUGCUGUACAUACCAUUUCUAUUCAUAAUGUCUAUACACACCAUCAUAUACUAAGUAUACAAACCAUUAAGAAUAUCUGCUUUUUCUAUGACAGACUGACCAGGUGAAUCCAGGUGAAAGCUAUGAUCCCUUAUUGAUGUCACUUGUUAAAUCCAUUUCAAUCAGUAUUGAUGAAGGGGAGGAGUCAGGUUAAAGAAGGAUGUUUCAACCUUGAGACAUGGAUUGUGUGUGUGUACCAUUCAGAGGGUGAAUGGGCAAGACAAAAGAUUUGUGCCUUUGAACGGGGUAUUGUAGUAGGUGCCAGGAGCACCGAUUUGAGUGUCAAGAACUGCAACGCUGCUGGGUUUUUCACACACCGCAGUUUCCCAUGCGUGUCAAGAAUGGUCCACCACCCAAAGGACAUCCAGCAUACUUGAAACACCUGUGGAAUGCUUGACACCUUGUAGAGUAGGGAUGGGCAUGAUGUCAUAGAUAAAAAAAUUAAAAAGUGCCAGGCACGUCUUUCUCCAUGCGCACAAUUCAUGCUCAUUCAUUGUUUUCAUGGUGUGAAUUGUUUGUCAAUGUUUAUGAAACCCCCGCUAUAUAUCAAAAGUAUAACCAGUAGUAAAUGUAGGCUACCGUUAAUCAUUGCCAUUUCCCCAUUCAUCUAGAAUGUUUGGUUAUGGUAAUUUCUGUUUAUUCAAUGUAUUAAUACUGCAUACCGUUCUCAUUCUCGUAGUGUACAGGUUGUUUGGAGAGCUCACAAACUAAUGUCUGUUUUGUCAUAGAAAUAAUGUAACCAGCUACCUUUCCUAAUCUGUUUUUCUUGAAGUUAAUCUUGCAUUUUACCAGAGAAAAAGAGACUACACAUUAGAGCGCUGUCGGCUGAUAAAUGCCAGUUGGUGAAUUCUCAUCUGAGUGGAUAAGUGCAACUGAAGAACAUAAUGAGUCUGAUGCCGAGCAGAAACUACAACUAGCUCCGUGACAAAUCAAAUCAAAUGUUAUUUGUCACGUGCCGAAUACAACAGGUGUAGACCUUACCGUGAAAUGCUUACUUACAAGCCCUUAACCAACAAUGCAGUUCAAUAAAUAGAGUUAAGAACAUAUUUACUAAAUAAACUAAAGUAAAAAAUGAAAAGUAACACAAUAAAAUUACAUAACAAUAACGAGGCUAUAUACAGGGGGCACCGGUACCGAGUCAAUGUGGGGGGGUACAGGUUAGUCGAGUUGGUUGUACAUGUAGGUGAGAUGUUACCCCACUCUUCCACCAAGGCACUUGCAAGUUCUUGGACAUUUCUGGGGGGAAUGGCCCUAGCCCUCACCCUCCGAUCCAACAGGUCCCAGACGUGCUCAAUGGGAUUGAGAUCCGUGGCCUUCGCUGGCCAUGGCAGAACACUGACAUUCCUGUCUUGCAGGAACACGCACAGAACGAGCAGUAUGGCUGGUGGCAUUGUCAUGCUGGAGGGGUCAUGUCAGGAUGAGCCUGCAGGAAGGGUACCACAUGAGGGAGGAGGAGGUCUUCCCUGUUACGCACAGCGCUGAGAUUGCCUGCAAUGACAACAAGCUCAAGCCGAUGAUGCUGUGACACACCUCCAGACCGUGACGGACCCUCCACUUCCAAAUUGUUCCCGUUCCAGAGUACAGGCCUCAGUGUAAUGCUCAUUCCUUCGACAAUAAACGUGAAUCCCGACACUUUUGCCAGUCCUGUCUAGUCCAGCGACGGUGGGUUUGUGCCCAUAGGCAACGUUGUUGCCGGUGAUGUCUGGUGAGGACCUGCCUUACAACAGGCCUACAAGCCCUCAGUCCAGCCUCUCUCAGCCUAUUGCGGACAGUCUGAGCACUGAUGGAGGGAUUGUGUGUUCCUGGUGUAACUCGGGCAGUUGUUGUUGCCAUCCUGUACCUGUCCCACAGGUGUGAUGUUGGGCUGUACCGAUCCUGUGCAGGUGUUGUUACACGUGUUCUGCCACUGCGAGGACGAUCAGCUGUCCGUCCUGUCUCCCUGUAGCGCUGUCUUAGGCGUCUCACAGUACGGACAUUGCAAUUUAUUGCCCUGGCCACAUCUGUUUCUUCUGGUGUUUUUCAGAGUCAGUAGAAAGGCCUCUUUUAGUGUAUGAAGUUUUCAUAACUGUGAACUUAAUUGCCGUCUGUAAGCUGUUAGUGUCUUAAUGACCGUUCCACAGGUGCAUGUUCAUUUAAUUGUUUAUGGUUCAUUGAACAAGCAUGGGAAACAGUGUUUAAACCCUUUACAAUGAAGAUAUUUUGAUUUUCAUGAAUUAUCUUUGAAAGACAGGGUCUUGAAAAAGGGACGUUUCUUUUUUUGCUGAGUUUAUAUUAUUAUUUUGUGACGUUUUUUUCUCGGCUGAUAGGGCACACAGCAUUUUUUAUGAAGGCAAGCCGAAGUUCGGAGCCAAAGUCACGCCCCUUCGUCAGUGAUUGGUCAACGAUAGGGAUUCUGCAAAGUCUUUGUUGUCAUUCAACGAGGGACUACUUAUUCUUGCACAUUUUGUUAAUUGAAAAAUACUGAACCAAACAUCUUAGUUAGGUAUAAAAUUGCGAGACUAAGAUCGUCGACAAAGACGUCAAAAUUAAUGAGAGUUCUUAAAUUAUCUUAGAUUAAUUCUGACUGGCUACGGCGUCUCAAAAUGGACAAACAGUACUAUUGUUGCUUUUUUCUUGUUUUUUUUUUCAAGCAAAGGUCUUACGGGAAUAUGCAAGCACACUCGUUUGGUUAGGCUAGCCAAGUUUGGCUAGGCGCCAACCGAACUGAAGCAAGCUGACCCCUUAACUUCUCAAAUGGCGUGCAACUCAAUAUUAUGACGGUGUUCUUAAUGUUUUGUACACUGUGUAUACAUCUAUAUUUCGGACUCUGACAUUGCUCGUUCUAAUGUUUCUAUUUUUAUUUUUGAGAUUAGCGUGUAUUGUUAUUACUGCACUGUUGGAGCUAGGAUCACCAGCAUUUCGCUACACCUGCAAUAACAUCUGUUAAAUAUGUGUACAUGACUAAUAACAUUUGAUUUCUUCCCAACAGCUGAGAGGUUUGCUCCUCCUCUGCUGCCAAAUUUCUAUGAAAUGGGUGAGUGCCGUUAUGCCCUCGUCUUUAUAAUAACUACAUAAUAACUCCUGCUGGCAUACAGUAGCGGUUGUAACAUUGCAGAAACGUAUGGCUUUUGUCUGGCUAAAUUGUACAUCCACAAUAGUUUGUGAAAUAAGUAAUAGACUCGUUGUGGUGAUCACUCAUAGCCUAAUCACAACCUUGGGCACUGUAUUUACUUUGAUACAGUGUGACACUAUCUUAAGUUUCAUCUGGUCUUUGUUUCAGGAGGCAUGCCACCACCAGGUCAUCCAAGACUGCCUAGAUCCCACAGCCCAGGAGCUCCUCUCAGGGCAAACCAGAAGAAGAAGCCUCCACAAGAUUCAAACCGAGAGAGAAGUAGGCUAUUACAAGAUGGGCCGUUGUGGCCUUGUACCCUGAUAAAGAUUGCCUUGUAGUGUCUAGGUACAUUCUACCAAGACACUAUAUUGAACCAUUCAACAAGCAUAGAAUAUGAUACUCCGACUAGGUCUCUCCAUUUCCUUAUCGGACCAGACAAAAACAGGAAAAAUACAGCUUGUCCUCUUCAUUCAGAUACAUCCGUGACAUGGAUGGUUCAAAAACCAGCUAGCAGAUUAUUGUUAUACUGUCAGUAAAGACUUACUACGACUCUAUUUACACCUCUAAAGGGUUAACAAUGACCCAGAGUUACUUUUUUGAUCCUACAAGUCUCUCAACCGGACUUCAAUGCCUUUUCUCGCUUUCAGAGUCAGACAAGAAAUGAGAUCACAAGGAAGGGAAAGAACAUACGGCUGACAGUGAGAACUGAUUUUUCAGUGUAUUUAUGUGUGUUUAGUUCAAUAACUGCCAAGCUCAGAUAACAGGUGUGGUGUGCUGUGCAUGGCAUGUGUCAAGUAACAUCACAAGUUAAAAUGUUAUUUGUUUAUGAUCUUGUUUAACAGGCUAACGGCUGUUCAGACUGUUCUGCAAACCUUAGCUGGAUAGAGCGCUUAAAGGGAUAUUUCAACAUUUUGUCAAAUAAGCCAAUUUUGGCAAUUGAGCACGCUAGAUGCUCCCAUAGACUUUCAGUCAUUGCGCUACUGCUAGUUAGCAAUCACGCCAGAAACGACUUUCAACUUCUUUCAAACUGCACGCAGACACUAAAAAUGGUAUCAAUGAGUUCAUCGGACUCUGGGUACGUAGAAAAAAGGGGCUUAAUUGCCAAAAUGUUGAACUAUCCCUUUAACCUACAUGCCUUUAGGCAGCAGCCGACUUAUACAAUAUUGGGUAAAAGUACUGCCUGCCAUCAUUGGAUAUGAAAAUAUAUUCUAAGUUAAUUGUUUGUCUUCCAUCAGGAAAUCCCCAAAAGCCACUUAAUGCUCCCAGAGAGUCCGCCUCUCCUGUUCCACACACACCAAGGGAGCACCCCAGAGGAGCCUCAGCAGAACCCAGACCCAGGAACAGGGAGAACCCAGGUAGAACUGUUGUUCAUGCAAAAAAUCUCUAUACAUGUGGAAAUGUUGCUUAAAAUCAUAUUCUCUGCUAAAGCAGCUGAAUUCCAUAACUGAGCCUCCAAUGACAAACUUGAAUGCAAUUCUGGAUACUUGUCACAACUGGGGGGUAUUCCAGAAAGAUGGUUUAACAAAUGUAGGAUUCCCUGAACAUAUCCGGCUUCUCUUAACCAAAUUAGGUAGUCCGUGAUUUCUUGGUUCCAGAACGGCUGCUUCUCGUUUAAGUAAUUAUUACAUUUACAUUUUACAUUUUAGUUAUUUAGCAGACGCUCUUAUCCAGAGCGACUUACAGGAGCAAUUAGGGUUAAGUGCCUUGCUCAAGGGCACAUCGACAGAUUUUUCACCUAGUCGACUCGGGGAUUAGAACCAGCGACCUUUCGGUUACUGGCACAACGCUCUUAACCACUAAGCAAAUUGCGGAUUGGUUGAUCCGACAACUGGCGCGUGCACGCAACAUUCAAAAAGGUCCUUAUGUUGAUGACAGAAAGAAACUAUAGGUAUGGAGUCAAAGGCCAGAGCCCAAUAUUUCACAAGUCUAGAACAAGAAACUAUUGUAACAUAUCUUCACAUAUUGGCUGGCAGACAAUUGCAGACCGAGUAAAUGAUUAAGUGAAGUGGCACGAUUCCAAUAUCUAAUAGGCCUAGCUUACACACAUGGGUGAUUAGUAAUAAUGCUUUCACUUUAUAGAGCACUUUUAUUGUAACGCUGGUGAUAUUCGUGUAAAGGCUAUCGCCUAAUAUGUAAGUUGUAGUAGCCUAUGUCACAAUUGCAAUGGUAGGCCCAUUCCAUAGCCUAUGUAGGAUUAACAACAUUGGCAACAAUGUGUUCUAUGUUUAUUGGUAACACCAAUGAUGUUUGCAAAAUCUGCGGGAUGAAUUAGGCUAUUUAUCAUUUUUAGCAUGUUGCUUAUGUUGAUUAAUUUGAGAUUAGCAAAGCAUCACAGCCUACUGUACCUGCAAUUCUGUAAAAUACCUCCUUGAUUAUACGGACAGCUUGAUGGCCAGGGAAUGCAACAAAGACAUACAAUCUCUAAUGCAAGGCAGACUCUUCUUACGGCUCUACGCACAGUUGCCUUGCCAAAUCGUUCAGCAUCGCCCUCAUUGUACAGGAAACUUCCAAUGGCCAAAAAAAGUAAUACAGUUUGUCGGCCUAUAGCAGUAAAGGCGAAACCACGUUGGAUUACAUUGGCUAUGUACAGGUUGAGUAAAUUGGCCAGAUCUGAUUGAUUGUGCGGAAAAACGAUAACGAUCCAAAAGAGAACCUUCGGAAUGAUCUAGUCGAGGUCCAAUAAUGUGUUCCCUUUGUAAUGCACUGCAAACAACGCAGGCUCUGAUGUCAAUUGGAUUUUCCGCCAUAGUGACGGACAACAAUCUGAUUGGCGGAGAAGCCCAGUCUUUAUUCACCAGGACAGGCUAAGAUCAAGUUAACCUCUUAGGUAGCAGGUUUGCUUCAGAGCAUUCGUUGCUAUGGUUGAUCAGGCUAUAGGUAGAGUUCUCUUUCUGGAACCGGAAAUUCUGAGUUUGCUCAAAUUCUAGUUUGACAGAUCUCGCCAACUCUCUAAUACGGCUUUCUGGAGUACCCCUCUGGUUUAUCAAAGUCACCUAUGCACUCUACAAAACCAAUGUCAUGACAUUUUUCUUACAGGACCACCAAGUGUUCCCCCAAGUAUCACGUCUGCAGCAAAACGAAAUGACCUUCUACAAUGUAAGUUCACGAGUGUUACGAAACCACUUCGCAAACCGACUGGCUCAAUCUAGGGAAGCUAGGAUGGGCUAUACAUUUGCCAGAAGAUACCGACCCUACCAUUACGCUUGUUUACACUGAGCUGCACUGGGGCCGGAAUGUAAUCAUGGUUACAUUAAGACACUGGAGCCGGCGUAAGAUAUGGGACGGAUGCAGGGAUAGGAUAUGCCACUGUGCUCCAAAUGUUACCUUUAUCCACACUGCUCCAUCGAGAAGAUUUAAAUACUGUUUGUUUUCUUGGAAAACUGGCCUUUUUGUCCUCAUACAAGCCAGCAGUAGCCACCGCAGCCAUUUUGGAAUGGUAGUGUCAGCCAAUCAGCUCCUUUGUUGUUCAACGUGACGUGCCAUUCCAUAAUGGCUGCUGUGGUUAAUUCUAGCUAGCAUGAGGAUGAAAAGGGCUAGCAGUAUUUCCAUCUUCUCGAUGGAGCAGUGUGGAUUAAGGUAAAAUUUGGAGUACAGUGGCAUAUCCCAUUCCUGCAUUAAGGUACGUUUUCCGACCCUUAUCUUGUGCCGGCUCCAUGGUGUCUUAAUGUAACCAAGAUUGCGUUCUGACCCCAAUGCAGCUCAGUGUAAACAAGCGUAACGGUAGGGUCGGAAUCUUCUGGCAAGCUACAAGUCUGUAUCCUCUGAGUGUGUUCAGUCGUGGUCAAAAGUUUUGAGAAUGACACAAGUAUUGGUCUUCACAAAGUUUGCUGCUUCAGUGUUUUUAGAUAUUUUUGUCAGUAGUUACUAUGGUAUACUGAAGUAUAAUUACAAGCAAUUACACCUGCCUGCUGCCAUUCCUGAGCAAGCUCUGCACUGGUGGUGCCCCGAUCCCGCAGCUGAAUCAACUUUAGGAGACGGUCCUGGCGCUUGCUGGACUUUCUUGGGCGCCCUGAAGCUUUCUUCACAACAAUUGAACCUCUCUCCUUGAAGUUGUUGAUGAUCCGAUAAAUGGUUGAUUUAGGUGCAAUCUUACUAGCAGCAAUAUCCUUGCCUGUGAAGCCCUUUUUGUGCAAAGCAAUGAUGACAGCACGUGUUUCCUGGCAGGUAACCAUGGUUAACAGAGGAAGAACAAUGAUUUCAAGCGCCACCCUCCUUUUAAAGCUUCCAGUCUGUUAUUCUAACUCAAUCAGCAUGACCGAGUAAUCUCCAGCCUUGUCCUCAUCAACUCUCACCUGUGUUAACAAGAGAAUCACUGACAUGAUGUCAGUUGGUCCUUUUGUGGCAGGGCUGAAAUGCAGUGGAAAUGUUUUUUUGGGAUUAAGUUCAUUUUCAUGGCAAAGAGGGACUUUGCAAUUAAUUUCAAUUCAUCUGAUCACUCUUCAUAACAUUCUGGAGUAUAUGCAAAUUGCCAUCAUAAAAACUGAGGCAGCAGACUUUGUGAAAAUUCAUAUUUGUGUCAUUCUCAAAGCUUUUGACCACGGCUGUACAUUCAACAUAAGUCAACAGGGUGUUGUUAGUGUCCCUAGGGGAGGCUGCGUGUGGUCAAACCACUUAUCUACCUGUAUUCCUAACACUAGCUUGAAAACAAGUACUGCAUUAUGAAGGAACAUUUAGAAAAGUGUGUACAUGGGUGUGUUUGUGUGAGAGAGAAUCUUACCUCCUGUCUCUCCCUCACCAGAUGGCACGGUUCUCACCCUUGACCCCAAAACGGCCCACAAGCGCAUCUCCCUCACAGAGAACAUGACCAUGGCCUCUGUGUCCGACGAGCCCACCCCUUACCCCGAUGGCCCCGCCCGCUUCUCCGUCUGCAGCCAGGUGCUCACCUCCAAGGGCUUCUCCCGCGGCCGCCACUACUGGGAGGUCAAGAUGAGCAGCAACAACUUCACCGGCAUCGGCCUGGCCUACAACAGCAUCGACCGGAAGGGUCCGGCUAGCCGGCUGGGGCGUAACGCCCAGUCCUGGUGCGUGGAGUGGUUCAACGUCAAGCUGUCGGCCUGGCACGCUAGCAGUGAGACUGUACUGCAGAACCCGAAUCCGACCCGUGUCGGCGUGCUGCUAGAUUGUGAGGAGGGAACGGCCACUUUCUAUAACGUACAGGACCGGGCAUACCCUUUCCAUACGUUUGUGUUCCAGUUCGCCGAGGCAGUGUACCCGGCGUUCUGGCUCUUCUCCAGCGGCUCGUCUGUUAGCCUGUGCAAGCUGCAGUCUUAAGAAGUUAACAAAACACACACACACACACAUUCUUCCCCCUCACAAAUAAUUAGAAUGUACAGCAUCUGGGUCAAUAUAUUACUUAUUCAUACUGAUAUUGGGAACCUAUAUUGGAAAUGUAUCUUAAAGGUUAUUAUUUGGUUGUAGUCACUGACUCUAGUAACAGUGCAGUGUAGGUCAUAUCAAUUUGGACUUUGGUCUCUUGUAACUACAGCAACCUCUAAACAGGCAGUGUUUGUUAAUCAGUAAGUAAUGAAAACUAGGCACUUGCAUGCAGGUAAAGAAACAUUACAAAUGAUUAUACAAUAUUAUUGUAUUGUCAAAAGCAUGAUGACAUCCUUACUGCUUUUGUUUUACUGCUGUUGUGAAGUCAGCAGCAUGCCGUGAAGGAAUUUAAGUUGAUUUAUUCCUUAAUGGUUACACUGACAUAGCUAGUUACAUUGGCUGGAUGGAAGGAAUUAUUUGACGUUGUGAUCAUUCAUGUCUGAUUCGCAAGUAGUUACGUUACGUGUUAUGGGCAAACAUGACUUACAAACAUAACUACUAAGUGGUAUUUGAACCAGGCGAAUUUGUUCUUUCUCCUGUUCUGCAGUCCUGGCUAAAUGUCUUGAGAUCAUUCAGGUUAUUUACAGACACAGUGAAGUGGUUUGUCGGUAGCUGUUUAUAGCCUGUUUUAUCAGAGCUUAUGAUCUCUUGAUGGUGGUCUCGGUAGCACACAGUAGUCACACGUAAUAGACACAAAACAACAUGCAUAAACAUGUGUCUAACGUGUAUGUUAUAUACUGUAUAUGAACAGUACCACACCGUUCAGAAGGCCAUGGACUGGCACACCUAUGCAAGAGAGUGGAUGGCUUUUGCUGGUGUCAGGCAUUCUGCAUUAGGGAGUGUCAUAUAACCCUAACCCUAACACCGCUGGAUAUAGAGAAGCAAUGAAUAGAACAGAAAAGCAUCCACAUUAUGCUUGUUACCCCCAAAGGAAAAGUGGGUAUCGUUCACUUAUUUCUUGAUCUACUACAUUUCGCUACAGGGGUUUCCGCAGUGUGAGGAUGUGCUGAAAGCGCUUCCUGCCACUGCUACUACAGUUUUGAUAGAACCUAGCCUCAUUGCCAGAUCUGCAUUUGGUUUAGAAUUACAGUGAACAGGUCAGAGGAGUUGGUUGAUCUGGCAACCAGGCUAGAUAGACCCAGCCUGGCCCAUAAGAACAGAAGCGGAGGUCAUUUAGGCCCUGUGAACUGGAGUUUUUCAGACUCUGUGGGUUUUGUAAAUGGGGAUGAUUUAGGGCUGGCGUUUUGCCUGUCCAUCUGACCAGACAAAGGAAAAACUCUGGCCCCAAGUUAUAGCUAAUAUAUCUGUAGCCCAUACCUAGGGCCUUCUCAUGUCCUAGAAGGGUACAUAUCUGUAGCGCAGUGAUGAUGGUCUGUUGGUGUUAGUUUGGACAUUGUGUCUGUGGGUGUCACACUGUCUGUGACGUGAGUGCAUGCUUCUCAUAAUUGAUGUCUCUGAUAUUGUUGAUUGGAUCUUUUCCGUUAAUGGAUAUACAGCCAUCGAUACAAUCGGAGAGCAAGUUGAGACUAGCAUGUGAUGGAUUCGUUUUGCUUUGCAAAGCCCAGUGAAAAUGAAUAGUUGGUGUCAUUGCCUUCUCCCUCUAUAGAAACACUAGUUUUCCUGAUUUAUGGGAUUUCUACUGUUUAAUGGACUGAAGGCAAGCUGAUAUUUAAGGCAAAGAUUAAUUCAUUUUCUUGAUUUAAGCCAUUAUUGCCACUGGCUUUUUAAGAGCUCUCGAAAGGUUUGGACAAAGUCCGAACGACUGACUAACACAACGCCAGAUAAAGAGCGAAGAUCAGGGGGCCAUAGUCAUGGUACUUGUGUGUUAGCAUGUUAUGCUCUCUGUCCAUUCCUUCAGUCUUAUUAGCACGGUUCUUAAUUCAUGUGCUAAUGGUGUACACUGUGUUGGUUUGGUUUACUGACUUUCAGUUUGAUUGAUUCUUGUGUUUAACUGAAACCAAGAUAUUUGAAAUUGUUUGUGUUUUUUAAAGGGUAAGGUGUUGAUUCUGUUUGUGUGUAAGGGGUUUAAUCUUGUUAAAGACAACUUGAGAAUGCCCCUCAUGAUUUACUAUUAUAAGCGAUCUGUGCCAAUAUAUUCCUUCAAAAAUGUACCUCAUACAAAUCUCUCUCGCUAUAUAUAUAUAUAUAUAAUGCAUUUGGUAAUCAUAUUACUUCAUACUGCUCAGGAGUAUUGACUUAUUGCAAGUGCACGGGAAGGAAAAGCAGUGAUAUUGCUUUCAUAUUAUAUACUUGCAAAACUAACAAUGAAAUAAUACAAAUGUAUACUUAUUAGAAAACAAUGAAAUUCAAAAUACAUAUGAAAAUAUUUAUUAUGGGUGUUUCCAAAUUCUAAUUUACAUUGCUUAUUACAUUCAGUUAAAUGAUCAGUUUCAAUAUCUGUAGUAGCAGUAGGGGCGGCAGGUAGCUUAGUGGUUUA